UGAUUUAAUUAAAACUGAUGAAAAUAUUACAUAAAUUUGGGAAUCACAGCUUUUUUUCGGAAAGGUAAAAUUAACCUCCGCACCAGUCAAAAUGGCGUUGAUGUUUACUUCCACCCCCAGCAUUAAAAAGGCAGUGGGGCUAAUCAACGAAGUUGAUCAAGGGAAAUUUCCUCUGGUUGUGUCUCGUAUCUUACAGAAAUUACACUUGAAGGAUGAGCACACAUUUUCUGAGGAUGAAGAAGAAAAACUACAGACCACACUCGGCAUGUCAGGACAAGAUCUUGAAUUACUGUUACAGACAUUAGAAUUUUUCCUUCAUCAGGCAGCUUAUCAUACAGCGAAGCCAGCGGUGCUUUCACAGCAGCUGUCUCAGUUAGGGAUGGACCAAUCAAAGGUAGAUGCCAUUGUUGAGUCAUGGACUACAAAUGGGAGAGAUGUUGUACAAAAACUUAGACAGAGGACACUUAUGCCAAAUCAAUUAGCAGACAUAAAUUGGAGAUUAAAUUUACAAAUGGCUCAGUCAACAGAAACCAAACAAAAAUUACCAAAUGCAUUGUUUGAACUUGGUGUUCAUCGUGAGGGACAAGAUGAUAAAGAAAGAAUACGAGUAGAAUUCACUCAUGAUGAACUAUAUCAGUUUUAUAACCAGCUGGAAACUAUUCAGAAACAAAUAGAUGGACUGAGCUGAUGUUCUUAUAGUACAUAUAACAAUCCUGUCAAAAUAGGUCAUGUGGAUGAUAUUGAUAAACAGUACAUACCAUAUUGUUUCAUCUCUUAAUUUAUAGACUAUAUUUCUAUUUAUGAAUGAGUAGUCCUCUUGAAUGGGAAGAUUCCAGGUUGGAAAACUGUUUUGUUACGAUUAAGAAACAAAUAUUUUAUGUAAUUUAACAUUGUGACUGUUUUACAAUGUUUUUUGAAACUAAAGUUUUUACACUUAUCAAUUUAAUACAAGAAACACAGCAAUGUCAGAAAACUGUAGACUGAGACUGUUGCCUGGUUACUCUGGACAUCAGUUUCAGAAUGUAUUUCUGUAAUACAAAAUGUGCAAUAAAUUAUUUUUUUGUAAUAUAUAACUUGUUGUGUUACAUAUUUUUUCUUUUAAUUUUAUGAGUGAGCUUUUAUACCCUUUUUAAAGAAAGCUGAGAUCCUAUUCAACAUUUUUGGCAGUACCUUUAAUAAUGGUAUGUUUAUGAAAUUGUUCAUACAUUGUAGAAGUAAAAGAACAUGUUGUUAAGAACGUACUUAAAUGUAUCAAAAUUAGUUAGUGCAAAACAUCAUUUUACUUACAUCUAGACCAUAUUCAAAGUCGCAAAAAUACAAAUGAAUGUUCAGUACCAUUUUUCAAGCAAAUAUCAGUUUUAAGGUGUAGAUAUUGAAUUUUCACCGAUAAAUAUUCAGCAUCAAAUCAAACCAAAGACUUGAUGCUAGCUGAACUUAUUUUUUAGUUGUGCUUUUCCUGCUUUAUAAUGAAAAUCUCAGGUUUGGAAGUUCUGCUGUUUUAUAUUUCUGUGUCUAUGAAAGUGUAUUGAGAUUGUAAGAUAAGUAAAAUUCUGACAUGGCAUCA